CUACCUCAGCCUCCCAAAGAGCCGAGAGUACAGGUGUGAGCCACCGCGCCCGGCUGCUGUUUCCAUUUUGUAACGCUAGUGUCACCCCAGUGUAGGGUGGCUAGGGGUAUUCUUCUUUCCUGUUUCCUGGUGUAUUUCCUCUACAGCAUUGAUCACUCUUGAACAUACUUUCUGGUUGUCUGUCUCCACCUACAAAAAUAUAUGUUCCCUGUUAUAUCACCAGUGCCUGGCAUGUAGAUAGUCAAUAUUUGUUGAAUGAAUGAAUGAAUGGGUGAAUGAAUGGGCUGAAAGAACCUUAUUCUUCUGUCACUUCACGCCAAAUGCUUUUGGAAAAUGCUAUGUGAACAGGGAUCGUGAGCAGGAGAGCUUACACACAUUGCUGUGGGAUGGCCCAUCAUCCUCAGAUACUUGUCUGGAAGGAGGUGGAGUACUUGAGUAGAAAUGAUACAAGACAACUUCUUCAGGAAAUCAGACCCAGUGUCAUAGCUUUUCAGAUAGGCGUGUGAUGUUUGCGUAUGUAUGUAUGAAGAGCUGUUGUGGCCUAGAAUCACUGGCCUUUAGAUCCCUUGUACAGAUAGAAAAGUAAAGGCCGAGGCCCAGGAGUGCUGCAGGCCACCGAGGUAGAGUCCCUGUCUGCCCUUCUCAGUGCCGGGUCCCUUCUCACUGCACUCCCCUCUUUACUGCUAAAGCCACCUUCCCUGACUCUGAAUAUGUAACCACGAGGGAGAAAAUGUACUCCAGGCUCACAGUUUGUGGAGAAAAAGCCCAGCAGCUGAAAAUCAUGUUCACAAAGUUGGUACCUAGAAAAAGUGGCCAUUUCUAUCAUGUCUUUAAAUUUCCCUGUUUCUCAUACAUUUUAUAAACAAGACAGUAGAAGGAGAUUCGGGAAUAGCAACUUUAGAACAAGGGGGAAAAAAAUCAAACCUAGAGCCUUCCAGUUUCUGUUUUCUUCUCAGUUUAGGGCUGAGGCACUUUAGCUUCCUGUCUAAGGGAUCACUCAAAUCUGAUUAGAAGCCAUUGUGGGCUGGUAAUUAUCUGUAAUUUUAGGAAGACAGAUGCAGCACUAACUCUGUUCUCUAAUAGCAGGCUUAUUAAUUUUAAAUUUGCAUAGCAGGAGAAGCAGAUGGCGAGGUGGGAUAAGCGUUCAGAUGCUUGGUCAUUGAUAGCUUUUUACUUCCACGUAUCACAUGGGGAUUUGGGACCCGGGAAGCCCUCCGAGAACUGAUGAUUAUCUGUCCCCUAACCAGCUGGGUUCUUUUUCCUCCUGACCUCAGAAAGAUUGCUCCUACUGCAGCCAGGGAAGACAGGCUGUUGACUGGUUAGAAAUCAUGGCAGGUUAUUUUCUUCACCCGCAGUUCGCAGUUGGAAAGCAGAGCUAUCAAAAAGUUGUCUUCUCUGUUGUAUUUCAAAUCUGGGUGUUUAAAAAAUUAUGUAAGUAAAUUAAGCAUUUCUUUAAUGGUAGUUGUGUGUGUUCUUGAUGCGAAUGAGAGGUGCAUUCCCUUGUAAAAUCCCUGGGACUUUAUAGGAAGAUGUGAGCCUUAGAACAGAAGUUGGUUUUCUAGAUGAUCACGUAGACAUGAUGCUGAACACCAGACAAAGAUGUUGAUUGAAGCGAUUUUAAAACAUUUUGUCUGAGUUCAGAUUUUACAUCAAUAUUUAGAAAAUCAGCAAAAGAACUUGGAAGAAUGUUCUCAGGCAUCCAGUUCAGCCCCCUGCCCACAUUGUCAUAAAAUCCGAGUGUGUGUACAGGGAGACACAUUCCUUUCUGUUCUCAUCACAGGUCCUUCCCUGGCUCUGCAGCUGCCCUCUUCCCUACCUUCCCUACCUUUUCCUACUUUUUCCCUCCUGUGCGGUUCUCUCACAAAGUGAAUGGCCUGAGCCACAGCUUCUCUGCAGCUGCAUCAGACUGUGGUGACAGGAGUGGUGGCUGCUGCAGGGCCUGCUGUCCCCACGGAGCCCAGUCUUGCUUGCCGCUGCAGCCUGGGGGUCAUUUUGCACCGAAAGUAUGUAAUUCUACAGAACGAGAGCCCACAUGCUGGGGAUGGAGGCGUCUUUAUCACGGUGCUCUGCAUAUUUUAAUCUUGGGUAGAAAGGAUGGAAAAGUAUAUGAUACCUGUGGUUUGAUGUCAGAAGGACGUUGUGAACUAGACGUGGACUGAGGAUGUUAAGGUACAACGGGCACCCCUGGCUUCAUUAAAUGAGACUUCCCCAUCUCCCUGCCAGGCACGCACAGGUGUAUGGCCACAUCUUACGUGUUAUCCUUACCUAGAGUGUGGCUUGGCGUCAUGCUUAAAGUUACAUGAUGAUAUUCUUCCUCAUAGAGUAGGUCCCAAACUACAUUCAACACAGAAAUGUACUCUUGGUAUUAUACACAGAAAGUGCUUUCAUACAGCAAGUGGGAGAGCAGUCCUAAAAUCUGGGCUGGAAUCGCAGAAGGAAGGCAUUGGAAAGCAACAGGUUCCCUAGUCCAAAGCUGGGUUUUGAUGAACCUAGAAACAGGACCAAGAGAAGUGAAUUUGCCUAAGGCCCUGACAGUGUCUCACGGUAGCAUUUGAACCUAGCAGUUUCUUGACCUAUUUCUUUAAAUGAUUAAUCAUGCUUCCUCUGAUUCCUAUAUAAACAUAUUCCUCAUUCAUUCUUUUGUUUCAGUGAAUUAUUGCAGUGCUACCACGUAACACUAUUUGAGUCAAAAUGUGGCAGUGUUUGUCCCUUUCCAAGGUUUUUAGUUGCACAGUUUUUCAAAGUUGUGCUUACAGUUUCUUGUUGGUUGCAAGGUGUCCUUUCAGAAGCCAAUUGUGUAGUGUAUUUACGUUGAUUGUUGGAGGUAGUUUGGUUAGAACCUACUUCGAGUGGCUGGCGUGGGCCUGGGGGACAGUGACAGCUGCCUGCUUCAUGGGCAGAGAUGAAGUAAUUGCUUCCUGGGAAGUACCAUCCUCCUGGCCACACUCUCCAGCCCAUUUCGUUUGUGUCGGUUUCCUGCAUCUGCACGUUUCUGGCUUCAUGUGAGUCUCAUUUAUUUCAGCAUAUGACUUCAGGCUGUGGGGAAGAAUGGCCAUUUUAGCACAGAGAUGCACACAAAGGAACAACUGGCUAAAUCAAUGGAAGAGUUAAUAGUUGAACUUCGUCUCUUUCUUGAACUCCUGGACCAUGAAUAUCUAACCUCAACUGUCAGGGAGAAAAAGGCAGUGAUAACCAACAUUCUGCUGAGGAUACAGUCAUCCAAAGGUUUUGAUGUGAAAGACCAUGCUCAGAAGCAGGAGACCGCUAGCAGCCUGCCGGCCCCUCCUCAGAUGCCCCUGCCGGAGAUCCCUCAGCCCUGGCUGCCUCCUGACAGUGGGCCUCCGCCAUUGCCAACGUCCUCCCUCCCAGAAGGUUAUUAUGAGGAAGCUGUGCCGCUGAGCCCCGGAAAAGCUCCGGAAUACAUCACAUCAAAUUAUGAUUCUGAUGCGAUGAGCAGCUCUUACGAAUCGUAUGAUGAAGAGGAGGAGGAUGGGAAGGGGAAGAAAACCCGGCACCAGUGGCCCUCCGAGGAGGCCUCCAUGGACCUGGUCAAGGACGCCAAAAUCUGCGCCUUCUUGUUGCGGAAGAAGCGGUUCGGCCAGUGGACCAAGCUGCUCUGCGUCAUCAAAGACACCAAGCUGCUGUGCUAUAAAAGUUCCAAGGACCAGCAGCCUCAGAUGGAACUGCCGCUGCAAGGCUGCAACAUUACGUACAUCCCGAAAGACAGCAAAAAGAAGAAGCACGAGCUGAAGAUAACUCAGCAGGGCACGGACCCGCUGGUGCUUGCCGUCCAGAGCAAGGAGCAGGCCGAGCAGUGGCUGAAGGUGAUCAAAGAAGCCUAUAGUGGUUGUAGUGGCCCCGCGGAUUCAGAGUGUCCUCCUCCACCGAGCUCCCCGGUGCACAAGGCGGAACUGGAGAAGAAACUGUCUUCAGAGAGACCCAGCUCGGAUGGGGAGGGCGUGGUGGAAAAUGGAAUUAGCACAUGUAAUGGAAAGGAGCAAGUGAAGAGGAAGAAAAGUUCCAAAUCCGAGGCCAAGGGCACUGUGUCGAAAGUCACAGGGAAAAAAAUCACCAAGAUCAUCAGUCUGGGAAAGAAGAAGCCAUCCACAGACGAGCAGACCUCCUCGGCUGAGGAAGACGUUCCCACGUGCGGCUAUCUGAACGUGCUCUCCAACAGCCGCUGGCGGGAGCGCUGGUGCCGAGUGAAGGAUAACAAGCUCAUUUUCCACAAGGACAGGACCGACCUGAAGACCCACAUUGUGUCUAUUCCCCUCCGUGGCUGCGAGGUGAUCCCGGGUUUGGAUUCUAAACAUCCCCUGACGUUCCGGCUGCUGCGCAAUGGCCAGGAGGUUGCAGUAUUGGAGGCAUCUUCCUCUGAGGACAUGGGCAGGUGGAUUGGGAUUUUACUCGCAGAGACGGGGUCGUCCACAGACCCGGGGGCCCUGCACUAUGACUACAUCGAUGUGGAGAUGUCUGCCAGUGUCAUUCAGACAGCCAAACAGACCUUCUGUUUCAUGAACAGGCGUGUUAUAUCUGCUAACCCAUAUCUGGGGGGCACCUCCAACGGCUAUGCCCACCCCAGCGGGACGGCGCUUCAUUACGACGACGUCCCAUGCAUCAACGGCUCGUGGGAACUGGAAGACGGCUUUCCUGCUUCCUGCAGCAGAGGCUUGGGAGAAGAGGUGCUUUAUGAUAACGCAGGCCUGUACGAUAACUUGCCGCCUCCGCAAAUCUUUGCCCGCUACUCUUCUGCUGACAGAAAGGCCUCUAGGCUAUCUGCUGACAAGCUGUCCUCUAACCAUUACAAAUACCCCGCCUCCGCUCAGUCUGUCACUAAUACCUCUUCUGUGGGGAGGGCGUCUCUCGGGCUCAACUCGCAGCUCAAGGGUAAAAAACCCCCCGUGGCAUCUAAUGGGGUCACAGGAAAAGGGAAGACUCUGAGCAGUCAGCCAAAAAAAGCGGAUCCUGCGGCUGGUGUGAAAAGGACAGCUUCGAAUGCUGCCCAGUACAAGUAUGGCAAGAACCGGGUAGAAGCAGAUGCCAAGCGGUUACAGACCAAAGAAGAGGAGCUGCUGAAGAGGAAAGAGGCCCUGCGGAAUAGGCUGGCCCAGCUCCGCAAGGAAAGAAAAGACCUUCGAGCGGCCAUUGAAGUGAACGCAGGCAGGAAGCCACAGGCGAUUCUGGAGGAGAAGCUGAAGCAGCUGGAGGAGGAGUGCCGGCAGAAGGAGGCGGAGCGCGUCAGCCUGGAGCUGGAGCUGACGGAGGUCAAGGAGAGCCUGAAGAAAGCACUGGCGGGCGGAGUCACCCUGGGGCUGGCCAUUGAGCCCAAGUCAGGAACAUCGAAUCCACAGUCUCCAGUGUUCAGGCACCGGACCCUGGAGAACUCGCCUAUCUCCAGCUGUGACACCAGUGACACCGAGGGCCCUGUGCCGGUGAACAGCGCGGCUGUCCUGAAGAAGAGCCAGGUGGCCCCGGGCAGCUCCCCCUGCCGAGGACAUGUGCUGCGGAAGGCCAAGGAAUGGGAAUUGAAGAACGGGACAUAGGGGACAGCAGGACUGCUCCAGCCUCAGAGACUGCACACCCCCUUGCCCGUGUCCUCAUCUGUGUGACGGCAGGAAGCUCUGCCCAGAGUGGCCUCAGCUGCGCGACUCCAGAGGCUUCACGACCGAGCUCUGAGGCCAGCGCCUCUCACCCAGGCCCACUUGCAUUCCUUCUACUGUAUACUGGCGCCUUUAAAAAAGAUGUACUUGUAAGACUUUGGUCCCCAACUUUUGUUAAAAAACAAAAAAAGUGAUGGAAAGGUGUUUGAAAGGAUGCUAUCAGGCAAAGUGACAUCUUCCUAACCAGUUAAGCCAUUGCCUUCACCGAUUCCAGCCCAGCCCUGGACUGAGGAUGGAUGGUUCUGUGAGCCCCCAAGUGAAACCUUCCGACGGGGAAGAGCUUGGAUCCCCGGCUGCCCCGGGCAUGAGUGUGGCUGGCGCGUGGGCACUGGGCUCGCCUCGCACACCCACCAGGAGGGCCAGGGGCUUACACAGCCCUGACGUGGACUCUGUGUCUCGGCGUACCCUCCCCACGUGCCCGUCCCCCUCGUCAUCAGAGGUAAAGGCAUGAGAAAAUCACGCUGUGAAACAUUUUUUACCUUUUAUUAUUUUUUGGACAGAUGCUUUUGUCACCAAGACAUGAAAAGCUGCCAUUCUUCUUAACCUGUUUUUUAAGAAUUUUUUUUGUUGUGUGUCACACUUAGAUCUAAGGAUUUUUCAGAGGUUCCUUAUUUUAUUAUUUGUGCUACUUUUGACAGGUAGCAGAGGGUUUUAAUACUUCACUAACAGUGUGCCCUCCUCCCCCUUGGGCUGGCAUCCCCAGCCCUUAAUCCACAUCGGAGCCGGCAGGUGCUCCUCCCACUAGGAGCCUCUGGGGGCAGGGGCUGGCUGCUCGCCACUGUACAGGACGUUUACUGCUGCGUGGGGCAGGGCAGUCCUUUGAAAGGGAAGCAAGUUCUGGAACUUGUUCCCUCAUGGAAUUAUAACAUCUUAGAGCACGAGGCAGGAAUUCCAGGGCCUCCUGCCCCUCCCUCUCCCUUCCUCCAGCUUGUCAAGUUAAACCACUAAUGCAUGGGUGGGCCUGGCCGUGCUGCCUCUCCUGAGUGGGGUGGGUGCGGGUAGGGCCCCUUUCCCAGCUUUCUUACUUGCCUUCUGUGCAAUAUCGCUUGGAGAAUUCAGAUGCCUAAGGCAUAAAGGAAAAAAAAAAAACAGAGUUCAUGGUUUGAGCUGGUAUCUGCUCCCUGGGUUUAAAAGUCAGAUUUAACUUCUUGGUCUCCCGGAGACCGCUGUCAGGAAUUCUCCAUUACGGGAAGAUGCAGUCACUGAUGACAAAAUAAGUCGCCCCUGAAAGCCUCCGCAGGCGGAUUCACGGAGACCAGUCCCAGCAGCGACCGCCCCUUCCCUGAGCAGAGAAUAGAGAGGUGUCACACUUGGUGCAAGCCUUCUGUCCAGUGUCCAGAAUGUCCUUUGUCACGCAGAGGAAGGGACGGCAGGAAAACACUGACAAGGAGUUUCCCCCAGACAUGCUUUCAGAGCGCCAGCCAUGUGGCACACGGGACUGUACAGUUAGGAUUCAUGUUGAAGGUCGUGGCCUGCAGGGGCCACGUUGGAUUACUCGAGCGGAAAAGUGGUCUCCCGUGUAUAAGAAAGUUUUACAAGAAUUGGAAGCUGCUGGAGUCCACCUGAAACUUGAAUUGAUCGCAAAGCCAUCUGCUGGGAGCGUGUUGGGUUCCUGAGCCGUCAGCCGGCGUUCCUCCUCUGACUCGCGUUCCUCCUCUGAUGCACGUUCCUCCUGGCCUAGUCCGUGGAGGCCCAUUACACCAGCAUCCGUGAUGCCAGCUUCCCACUAGGACAUCCAGGCAUGUCGGGCGGGGACGCCACACGUCUCAGGGCCAGUCCACUGCGUUGCCAUAGAGGAGCCCUCCCUCCGGUGGGGACUUCCCACCAUUGCAGGCAGCUGGGACCAGUUCGUAUCACACAGAAUGCAUUUUCUAUAAAGGUGAAAAUGUUUGCUCCCCCAUAGGUUUUUGCUGCCUUCGGGUCAGAUAGUUUCCCCAGUUGAGGCUCUUGGGCCAUUCUGAUUGGCAGCCUGCUUUGCCGAAGAGAACUGUGCGAGGUUUUGGUGGUUAGGAGGAGAAGCGGGAGAUGGCCAGCCUGAAGUCUCAGUCCUGGCCCAGCACAGGGGGGCAGCGGCGAGCCGGCAGGUGAAGCGCGAGCGGCACACGGUGUGUCACAUGGGCCUGAGCCAUCACCCGCCAGCUUCCUCACCGGGUAAGGAGGCCCCAGAACCUUAGCAGGGACUUGCCCAAGGGCACAGCUGAUUGGUGCUCGACUCCCAGCAUGCAUAUUUUGUUUUAAAAACCCAGGUUUGUAAUUCACUGCCACAACCAUAAGCCUUUUAAAGAGGAGGCAAACUUUCACGAAUCCCAUUGUGGUCCAUAGAGCCUUUCAAAAUGGGUGCCCUGGAAGGGGGCCCUGACAUUGGAUUCCCUCGAUGCCAGAUACUCCCUUGAAAUUUCGCAUUUGAUCAGAAAGUUUAAAGCAUUUACUUCAGAAUAAGUUAUUUAUUUGUAUAUGUUCAAUAAAUAGUUUUUAAUUUAUAUCUGUACAUAUUAGACACACACGAGCCAUCCUGCCAGAAUUCUGACAGUGAUCUCAUUUUAUCACCCUCCCAAAACAUGCCCCAGGAACAAGCACCCCUUGCCUCUGUGGCAGCUGCAAGUGUGUCUGAUUUCAUAAUGAAGCCAGGUUGUGGGGGCAAGAGGCCCAAAAGGCAGGCCAGGGUCCCUGGAGAAGCCAUGAUGAGGUGUGCAGAGGCCGGACAGGCAGGCCAGGGUCUCUGGAGAAGCCAUGAUGAGGUGUGCAGAGGCCCGACAGGCAGGCCAGGGUCCCCAGAGAAGCCAGGAUGAGGGAUGCAGAGGCCCGACAGGCAGGCCAGGGUCCCCGGAGAAGCCAGGAUGAGGGGUGCAGAGGCCCGACAGGCAGGCCAUGGCUCCCUCUUCCCAGAAUCUAGGGGCAACUAGGGCAAGGCCCAUCUGUCUGCAAGGCCAGUAGCUCCCUCCCUCGGCUUCCAGAGUCUGUGGCGGUUGCAGGGUAACCAGUGUGGGUCUGCUGAGUCACCCCAGGCACCAGACUUGACCCAGGAGCACGGGCCACUGUCCAUGAGACCUUCCCUUGGGGCUGGCAGGUGGCCAUUUACCAGCUGCGUCAGUCCCGUCUCGCCCUCUGUGCCUGUGCCCUGGCGUGGCCAGGCCUAACCUUCCCCUGUAUCUUACUCGUCCCAAAGUUAUUAUUGGCUAUUUCUAAAUAGACAGAACUACCCUAAAAGGUGGAGAUUUACUCCUUUUGAAAAGUCUGUUUCAAAAAGGCUGCCCUCAGCUCUGGAGGCCACCCCCAGGAAGGAGUUUGAGAUUCGUUAUCAUUAUGGCCACAAUUUGGCGCUUGUGCACGGGAUUCAAAGGGCAGUGUUGAAGCUAGGGUUAGGUAUAGGGUUGUGGGCAAAGCUCCCUUGUUUGUGGCCACCCCUUACCUUUCCAAAGAGGCUGUUAACUCACCCACUAUUUGGGGGGAUGUACAUUUUGCCCACAGACUUUGCUACCCAGGUGAGGUGCUCUGUUCAUGCACCAAACUCAUGUCAUUUGACACCAUCCAAGGAUGGGUAGCCUGUCGUGUGGCCGGUGACCCGCACCUAGAGAAAAGGCACGUCAUGCCGCAGGGCAGGGCCGACACCCUGAGCUCACAGGUGGCCCCUGCAGUCAGGUGGAUGUCCAUCCUUGAAACAGCCUCUUCUGGGAGCACAGCACUGGAGGUCUCCAGGCAUCAGGGUUGCCUGGCAGGGUGCCCUGCAGCUUACAUAAAGGUCGUGGCAAUACUUCAAUGUUAAAUUAUUGCCUUCCUCUUACUAAAAUAAUUUUCUAAUGGGAACGGUAACUUCAAGUUCAUGACAUAGUUUGAAGGAGGAUAAUUCAUUUUUUUCUGGUUGUCACUGUCUUGUCACCAUGAUGGGCUGGGUUCAUACUGUGAAAUAAACUAAAGUGAAACCAAAGCAUUCCUGCCGUAAACACGUGGCACAGCACCGUGGAAAAAGCAAAGCCACCUCUAUUCGUGAGUCCCCAAGCCAUAGCAGGCCACUCCAUCGUCUGUAAAGGGAAGGAAACUGCGCCUGGGAAGUGCUGGGCUUCAGACGCGUCCUUUUGCCCGCAGUUCAUGAAACAGUUCCAGCUCUGGUCUUCCAGAAAACCUCAACUUCACCGUGCACAAGUAUUACCCGGUCUUUUUAGUGUAGCCGUGGAAGAUACUUUCAAAAGGAGAUCUUCAGAUCGUAAUUCUUAGGGACCAAAGGUGUUUUUAAUGAGAUAAUCUUUUUGAUUUUCUAACAAGAAAGGAAAUAUUCACUUUAAAUUUUAACAUCAACUUUUAAAGGAUACUCAGAAUUAAUUGACCAUGGCGAUAGGUUGUAAAAUGUUUUCAUAUUAAGAAUGUAAUUAUUUCCUUAUUGUAUUUUUUAAAAGCUAAAGUCAUAUUUAAAAUUCUCUUUGAAAGAAACAGGCAAAGAAACAGCAAAGAUUUUUUUAAAUUAAAUAUGUUGGUAGUGCCCAUUUUAAAUGACUGUAAAUAUAUUUUCACUGUUUCUCAAUGUAUUUAAUUCAUAAAGUAAACAUUUUAUGAAAAGCAACUUGCAAGGAAAAUCCUAGUUUUCAGUGCACUCGCCCCAUUUUGUAGUAGCUUCACUGAAUUUCCUGCUUUCCUGGUUGAUUUUUCUACUGUUUCACGUGGUGUAACCCUAGACUGGCGCCCUUGGCGUGCACCUUUGUGUAUGAAUAAACUUCUCUCCGCGA